UCUAAGCAUUGGUUUCAACUCUGUAGGUGUAAAAAAAUGUAUUACGAUCACUCGCUGAUAUCUUUGCAGUGGCAAUUCCACAUAUAGAUAUCAAUUUAUGACGUCAUGUCCACUGGGUGAUCCAAGCCUCGUUAGUCACUCGUAAGCAUAUGGGGCCAUACAGUUUACGUAGAUGUCAAAUUUAUCGCUUUCGUGAUUUCAAACUCAACAAGAACAAUGCCAGGUUUCGGUAAACAAGCGAUCGGAGCAAUAAAUAGUGGAAAGGAUUAGAUUUAUGACUAUUCGCUAUUAAAAUUUCUCCGUGACGCAAUAAUCACAGUUUGUAAGACCCAGGGUAAAGGAGAGUUCUACAGGUCAUACUCUCUUUGAGAACAAGAACAUUCUGACUACAGUGGAAACAAACCACAAGUUCUACAGAGUUUGACUAGAGAUUGGCAACAUUUUCUUUUCAUAGAGUACACUUAAAAAUUUCAUUCACAAACUCCCGUCUUUGUUUCAGCAAGUAAUCAAGUUUACAACAUGUCUUCAGCCACGUCUGCCACUUACUUAUCCUUUGUAGUUCUUCUGGUAGUGAUGACCAUUCAUUCGGUGAUCUCAGUAAAUACCACUAGAUCUUCCCAUGGCGACAAGCUGAGAUGUCUCAAUGAAAGCAGCUGGUCUACACAAGAAUGUCGCAAUGCUGUUACCAUCACGUACAGAGACGAACAGAGGGUUACCGAUAAGUGUCGAUCUCUGGGCAUGUUGAAUGUAAGCCUAGAACAAUCUAGUUGUACUGACAGCGAUGUCCGGGAAUUGAUCAAUUUUCUUUGCCAAGACAACUGGACAGAUGUGGACUGUUUGUCUCAUGAGACCAGCUUGAACGCCAGCACGACAUCAGCGACAGCAGCUUUCAUUGCUCUAAUCAAUAGCACAGAAGAAGAAAGAAGAACAUUGGCUCUGGAUAUCAUAGACAAGGAACUUUCAGAAAAAUGUCAAGACUUUAUGUGGCCUCACGCGGUAAAUUUUACGGGUAGCCUGGAGCUCGCUUGCAGUCUACUUGAAAACGCUUCUGUCAUUAAUGAAAGUUUCUGUUUGCAGCCGGACAUGGAUAAGUUGUAUGCCGUCAUUUGCUACGAAGAUCCCAAGGACCCCAAAGUCAUUCAGUUAGUGAAAAAGCUGAGCGACGCACUAAAUAGAACGAGCGACUUGUGCCGAGCAGAUGUCUUUAUCGCGAUGGCUAAAACCACAAAUGAAACAGAACCGUGUCAGUGGUGGGAGCAAUUAAAGAGUGAGCGUCUCGGCAAUCAAUAUUACGUUUGCACUCAAGACGAAUUAAACUUGGUUUCAAGAGCCAUGUGUCCGCAACAUUACACCACACACCGCUUCGCCCCAAUCACCACCCUGCCCGCUAGGAGAAUCAUUAAUGAAACCCUGAGAGAGAAAAUUCUGUCCUUUGUUGACCAUGACAUUAGCAGCAACUGCAGAUGGUCUGUGGGGCUCAGAAUAUCCCGCCAGAUCACCGAUCUCAGGAGGGUGUGCAAGAUGUUUCAGCAGUCAGGAAGCACCCUGAUCAAUAAUCAGAUUUGUUCAACAGACGAAGUUAUGAAGUUGACCGGAGUAUUUUGUCGUCUGGACUUUCACGCCGGUUUGAGAAAAGUGGCCGACACUGAGGAAGGAAGAAGAGCCCAGGCAAUGGACAUCAUGGCCAACGAGCUGUCGCCAAAAUGUCACAACAUUAUGUGGCCGCAGGUGGUCAUCUUCGAGGGAAGCCUCUCCAUGGGAUGCAAUCUUUUGGCGACUGCUGCGUCCACUCUCGUUUCUGCGGGAUUCUGUUUGCAGUCGGACAUCGAUAAGCUGCAACCCAUCGUCUGCUACAUCCAGCCCAAAGAUCCAAAGCUCGUUCAGUUCGAGGACAACCUGAGCCAAGUUCUUGACAAGACGAGCGACUCUUGCAACACCACCGUCCACCUUGAGAUGGUAAAUGCCACAAGUGAAAUAGAAGCGUGUGAGCUUAUGAGAAACUUAAAAACUGAACUUCUCAAAGACAACAAGUGUACAGACUCAGACGUAAAACUUUUUAUCAGUACCAUGUGUUCAGGGCAAUGGAUACCAUCCAUAUCUAUCAUUGUGUUGAUGUUGUGUAUUCUGUUAUCAAGUAUUAACUACUUAAACCCAAGCAGUACCUAGAUCGGAAACAUAUUUCUAAAUGAAAAAUACAAGAUGUUUUUAACAGAGCCUAGACUUUAAAAAAAGCUGACAUUGACUUCAUAGUAAGUCAGUCUUUUAUUCUGCCUAGUCAGUUGACAUAAAGUUGACAGUCUUAAGGUCAUUUUAUUAUAUUAUUACGUUCAAACCCACUGACUAACCUGUCGGUUUAGCCAAAAUGUUCACUUUGGCACAAUUACUGUUGACCUGAGAUCAGUACCCCAAAAAAUAUCUGAAUAUUACUAAAUAUUUGGUACAUAAACUACGGAUAAUGACAAGUAUAAAGUCAGAGCAAUAUAUCCUCUUACUAAUAGCACAUUAUAAAAUAGAACAUCAAGUCUCUUUUUUUGUUUUACAUGUUUCGGAAGCUCCUUUAGAAGUAAAUUCUAUCCCAAAUCUCCCGCAGGACGGCGGAGGAUGGCGACAAUCAGGGUUUGAGCCCGGAACAAUCAUACAAUCAAUCAACGAGAUCAGAACAACAAAAAUCCUAAGAAAAAAACAAGAUGAGAUUAUGCUAUUACGCUCUUGUGCACACUCCAUUGGCUUUCCGUGAAUGCGAGAAUCGACUACAAGGUGGCCACACUUUGUCAUCAGUGUAUCUACAACAAAGACCCUUGUACCGUAGCCAAUUGAUCACUCCAUAAGUCCCUCAGAGAACCCGGCGCUCAAUGGACUUAUCCCUUCUAGAGGUGCCACGUUUCUCCCUGAAAAGCUACAACAAGGCAGACUUUAUGCAUAUUUGUUUGUCUCCAAUUCUCGUUCAUUUGGUUGCUGUCGCUUAAUUUGUGAUCUCAUUCAUAGUAGAAAAUAUUUAUACUCUCUCGAGUCUCGAGCUAUUGCCUAACGGCUCUAGACAUUAAAACAAAACAUCUUCUUCUUGGUUGUGCUGACCAUACUAUCACACACUACGGUUUGGUUGGGUAUAGCCACAAGACAUGUCCCUCUCUCAGUACCAUGACAGUAUAAACUUUAUUUUGUUAAGAGAAGCACACAUUAGGUGCAUACUGCUUUUGAAAUUCAUUUGUUCAGUGGCGUAGCUAGAACUUUGUCAUCAUUUGAGGGCCCGGGGGGUACCUCUAUGGGGACCCCUGUAUUUUGCGUAUUGUUCAAUAUUUAAUGUAAACAGUCAUUUGGGGACCUCCUUCAAUUGGGAGCCCUGAUGGGGGAAGGUUCCAAUUCUCCCCCCUCUCCCACCCUAGCUACGCCACUUACGUGUAACCUUAAAUGUGACAUUUAAAAACAUCCAUGUUUCUUGACAUAGUCGAUGUCAUUUUAUCCCACCAUUGUAAAUGAUACAUUUUUGUCUUGUGCCAUGAUGUUUAGACCUAAGUCAAACGCCUAUCAAAGUGAAAUAACUUUUUUAAAGAUUUUUUUGUUUGUUUCAUGCUUGUACAAUUAUUUAUUUUAUUUAAUAAACUGUGUAUAUCAAACGUUUUAUCUAAAAAUGUGUAUUAUAGUUUUAACAAUUUGCUAAAUUUACUAUGUCGCACUACAUGUGAAUUAAUAUUUAGGUGUUAUUAAUGCAAAAUAUAUAAUUGCAUAAUUUUUCCAAGUUGGACUGUGAUAUUUUCAUAAUCAUAAACAAACUACAUGUUAGUAAGGGCAUGAGAGACUGUCACCAAUAAAGCAAUUUUGACCAGGUAAAAUCUGUAAUUUCAAUAGUUAUAUAUUGUGUAUUUUUUUUAAAUGGACACUUCGCUAUUUUAUUAAAAUAUUAAUAUGUAAACAUAACUUUUGACCUAUUUUCAACAAGGUUUAAAAAAAGGGAUUUAGCAAAUUUUUUUAUUUUUUUUUUGUGAAAGACUUUAACAAUGUCAAUUAAAAAUAUGUGUUUUAGUUUUAGAAAUAUUUUCUUUUGUUAUUAAUUUAUUUAUUUUUUUUUUUUUUUGCCAAUUGUUUCUAUUUGUUUUCUUUUUUUUUUUUUUAAAUAAACAUUCAAAUAAAAUAAGCUUUUGACUCAAAUUGUGAAAACAUUUUAUUGAUCGGAACAUUUUCAGAAUGUACUUAGUGUAUAAAAAUGAUGUGCAAUUGACUCUCUCAGCUGUUUCUUGACUUUCGUCUUAGGGGUGCUGUAACAGUGUAACAAAUCCCUCAACUUUUCCCAGUCAGCAGCUAUUCAAAGCAGGACAUCAAGAGACAGGCCGGUCUAUUCUUUUCCAUUGUCCAUCCAGCUAUUCUUUGGACGGCCCUUUCUUCGUGCUCCCACCACUGUACCUUGAAGAAAGACUUUUGAUGGUGAGUCAUGUCUUACAAUAGGACCAAACCAGCUCAGCUUUCGUCUCGUCACAGUAUUGAGAUUCUAAUCCCUUUUUGCUAACUCGAAUGUUGACUUGUAAAAGUAUAAAACUCAGUUGUCUUAUUUUCUUGGUAUCUACCCUCAAAAGUUUGGAUUCUUCUUUAGAAUCAACGUUCAGUGUCCUGCCUUUACAAUGACAUAGGAUGUUUAAUUGACUAGAAAUAGAGCUAUUUCAUACCCAGACUAACCCAGACAAUUACUACAAUUACUACUAUCGACUCUGUGUCUGUCUGCCUGAUACACAUUCUAACACGUUAGUUGCCCAUUUCCCAUUCUCGGAUCAAGUUCAAACUUUUCAUUGUUAUUAACAAAUUAUGAAUCAACCAAUUAUUUAAUUAAAUAAGUGUAAUUAAUGAAUGUUGUUUGAUAUAAAAAUGACAAUUCAUCUUACAGUACUGAGAGAUAUGGUUGUAAAUGUGGAUAAGUUGUGUUUUGGAUUGAAGUAUUUUUUUUAUAACGUGAUUGUUUUAUUGAUGUUGAUGGAGGGUGAAUAGUUUAUCAUAUUAUCAUCAUUAUUUGAAUUACAUAAAUGUAAUAUACUUUUCCAUUUUACUUUUUCACAAUUCUUUAAUAAAUGUUGAUAAUAAACAAAGCAAGUCCUGCAA